AUGUCUGCCGCCCCCGAAUCCGUCUCCGCCACAACCACCUCGCCGCCGGCCAAGCGCGUCAAGACCGAUCUCACCACCAUGGAGGCCCCUCCCGCAUUGCAAGUCAAGAAGCUCUCCGACAAGGCUCGCCUGCCUACUCGCGGCAGUGCCUUUGCCGCCGGCUACGACAUCUACGCUUCCAAGGAUGCCGUCGUCCCUGCGAGGGGCAAGGUCCUCGUCGAUACAGACAUUAGCAUCGCCGUGCCCGCUGGAACUUGUAAGCCCACCAUUCAUUCUGGACAAAGUGGCCCCAAAACAUCCUUGAAAGCUAAUUUGAUCCUGGUGACAGAUGGCCGUAUCGCCCCCCGUUCAGGACUGGCAUCCAAGCACUUCAUUGACACCGGCGCCGGCGUCAUCGACGCCGACUACAGGGGCCAAGUCAAGGUGCUGCUGUUCAACCACGCCGAGACCGACUUUGAGAUCAAGGAGGGUGAUCGUAUUGCCCAGCUGGUCAUUGAGCGGAUUUAUACCCCGGAGGUUGUGGAGGUGCAGGAGUUGGAAGAGAGUGUUCGCGGAACCGGUGGUUUCGGCAGCACUGGUGGAUUCGCCAAUGGCACUGCUGCUUGA